AUGCGCAUCCCCAAUGUCUGGGUAGACAUCUCUUGCAACCAUCCGGCAGUUGUUGACAUAGCUACAGUACAGCUUCUUGAAGGGCGAGCACCAAAGCUUAUCAAAAGCGACCGAAGAACCGUGAAAGAAGCAUUUGAUAGCGGCAAGGCCUUUACAAGAGUUCAAGAUGCGCAGCUCCGUGCAAAGAUGCGCAAGAGUGUAUUACAGUUCAGGGGGGUUAUUCCAAGUCUCAAGUCCUUCCACGAAAGCAUGAAGUACACCUCAAUAGGCGUCACGGUCGUUCUCAACCUUAUGUAUCCCGAAUCUACUCAGAGGAGAUCCUGGAAAAGGUGGCAAACGGACGAAAAGAAUGAUAGGUGAACUCUUCGAGGCAUGUUGCGACCUUCUUGGUCCCGGCCUAGACAGAAUUUGGUUGAGACCAGUGAAGGGCUUUUCGUCCAGUGUACAGGGGCGCCCUCGUUC